AUGUAGCAAUUCAAAAGAUUAGUCCCACUCAUGAAUAGAGUUCUUGUUAAGAAGUUAGAAGUUCCGAAUAAAACCCAAAGUGGCAUCCUUUUAAAUACUGGCAACACAAAGAAUCCUGCUGGAGUAGUCAUUGAAGUAAUUAUAUCUCAAUUAAUAUAUAUGUUAGGUUGGCGAAGGCUAUUAUGACCACAAAGGAGAUUUUGUUAAAAUUUGUGUCAAAGUCGGAGAUACAGUUUUAUUACCUGAUUUUGGUGGAUUUAAAGUUAAUGUUAGUGGUUAAGAGCUUCUCAUAUUUAGAGACACAGAUUUAUUAGGAAUAUUGUCUAGAUGA